GUAAUAAUACUUGUUUAAAUUCAAGCACUCGGGCAUUUAAGCAUAACUUAUAUAAAAUAAAUCUAAAGCAAGUAUGGCCAUUUAUAAAUUUUGUGAUAAAUGCGCAACUUUAAACCUUACACGCGCAGUCUUUACACAAGAUACGGAUGGAAGAUGGGACACGGAGACGUGGCGGCCGGUCUUGAGCGGGUUUAAAUCCGAGCUUCAGAAGCGGUACAAUACAUGUGGCCUUUGCCGCCUCCUAUUGUUGACACUAAACGCCAAUACAUACGGUAUGUCCGAUCAGGAGGAAGACUUCGAGUGGGAGGCUGCAUGGGUGAACUUGUUGAAGACGAAACAGCCAUCGAUGAGCCGUUAUAUGGUCGCCACCGUGGUCUAGAUGUUGAUAUUGAUCGCAUCCUCUCCUGGUUCCAAUGGUGCCAGCGGGAACACAGCGAUAAUUGUUCGGCUGCUUUCCUCAAAACUACCCAACGGCCUGUUCCAACACUGAUGAUCGACGUUGUUGACAAGUGUCUCAGACCAGCUGACACGGGGGUUAAAUACACUGCGCUGAGUUACGUAUGGGGGCGAAACAAUGAACCACAAACCCGAGAAUCUACUUUACAAGAAUUCUCCGAAGUAGGCGCUUUUGACCGAGUGAAUCUUCCACGUACUAUCGAGGACGCUAUUGUCGUUACCAUCGCUCUUGGCUUUCGUAACCUGUGGAUCGAUUCAUUAUGCAUUGUGCAAGACCGGGAGAAGGAAAAACUCGACCUUAUCAACGCAAUGGACUCGAUAUAUAGUCAAGCCGCUUUAACCCUUGUGGCUGCAACCGGAGACACUGCGCACUCGGGUUUGAGUGGCUGGUCAAGAGAGUCUCGGGAGGAAGUGCAGGAGUUAACCGCGACCGUUGCUUCAGACCUGACAAUAGGGGUAUCACCUCCAUGUGGACAUCUGAUUGAGACAUGUGAUUGGGUACAGAGAGGGUGGACUUACCAGGAAGGUGUUCUAUCUAAUCGCUGCUUAAUAUUUCUCGAAGGGCAAAUCUACUUCAUCUGUCAAAAAAAUCUCUGGCGUGAGGAUCUAGUGUGAGGACUACCGACAACUAACUUCUCAGGCUCUCCUUUCUUGGGAAGACCCGACGAAAAUUGGAAUUCAUCUCCCCAGCGAAUCCUUGAAGAGUUGAUUGGAUAUUAUUCACCACGAAUU